UUGUCCCCGGCGAGCUCUCACCCAAUGGGUGAAGGUCGGCGGGAAAGGUUUCAGCCCCUCGGCGCCGUGGCGGUGCUGCUCUUGUUGCUGACGGCCGACGGGGCCAUCCCGCCGCCGGAGGAUGCGGCACGCAUGGCGCGCUUCGUGCUGCACACCUGCGACUGGGGCGCGCUGGCCACGCUUUCCGCGCAGGAGGGGCUGCAUGGCUACCCCUUCGCCAACAUCUUCUCCCUCAGCGACGGGCCCCCCGGGCCAUUCAGCGGCAGCGGCGUCCCCUACUUCUACUUGACCGACAUGGAGAUCUCCGUGCAGGACCUGGAGAUCAAUUCAAAUGCCUCCUUGACUGUGUCUUUGGCACAGACUCCUUACUGCAAGAAGCACAGAUAUGAUCCCCAGAAUCCUCUCUGUGCACACAUCAUCUUCAGUGGUAGUGUUGUAAAGGUGAAUGAUUCAGAAACAGGCUUAGCAAAAAAAGCAUUAUUCAGUCGCCACCCUGAGAUGGAAAGUUGGCCUAAGGAUCACAAUUGGUUCUUUGCCAAAUUCAACAUCACCUGUAUUUGGGUCCUGGACUACUUUGGUGGAUUGAAAAUUGUGACGCCAGAAGAAUAUUACAGUGUCAAGCCUUAGUGGAAGAAGAUCCUUGCUGAUACUGAUACACAGAUGAAUUACUAGAGUUUCAUGAAAGAUUUAUUUUUUUAAUAUGUGUUGUAGAGCUGAAUUAAUAAUGAAAAAAAAACACUUUGCAUUGUUAAUGAGCUUGUAUAAUCCUUCUGAAGUGAUGAGAAUUCUCACUAACUAGCACAGCUUGAACCAUGUCAUACUCAGAAACCUUUGUGUGUAAGUCAUAACUAAAUCUUAUUCACUAGACAUGCUUCUGGAAAGAUAGUCUGACAGUCUGCUUUCAGAAAUUCUUUGUUUACUGGAAAAUAAAGGAUUAGUCUAGUUCUAAAUCUUUCAGUGCCUUAGUUAAUGAAUAGUGGUUUGUGAGCAUUUCCAAUUUUUUUUGUUUUUUUUUAACACCAAUUUAGUUUAGAUCUUUAUGGCAAAGUACUACAGGAUGACUCAGCUGACUGUGGAAUGGAAAGCAUUGCUUGUAUUACAAUGGCAAAUGAUAUGCUGAGUUUCCAAUUUCUGUUAAUAAUUUUCUUUGCACACUAAUACAUUACUUGUGUGGUAAUACCUAAAGUAUCUGUCUUUAGUAGAAAAAGUGUAAUGGCUUGGAAGUUCAAUAAGAAUGUUGUAAGGGGUAAAUGUUUUCUGAUUAUAAUUCUGAAAUCUUCAGCUUUGUUAGUCUGAUCAAAUAGCAAUGUAUCAGCUUUUAUUACCCUUAGUAGUAGAAAUGAGCAGAUUCUUGGCUUUGAAGCCUUCCACAGCAGUUUUUGGUUAGUAACCCAAAAGUGAGAACUAAGCAAUACAUAUGAUAGAGAUGAUUCAUGACUUGUAGAGAAUGAAAAUGAAAGGUGUGCAUAAUUAAUUCUGUGUUAAAAUAAGCCACACACAACCACAAAAAGAAAUUAACAUCUUUUUACCUCCUCUCUCAUCUACCACAUGCUAGGUUCACAAAUACCCAAAAGUGAUUAUGAAAACUAAGUUGAUUUUACAAUGAGCAAACAUUACCUAGUUGUCAGAGUAAAGAAUGUGAGAACUUAGACUCCUUAGAGGCAGAUUAAUAUAUAGAGCAGUGGAAUUCAUCAUAUCAAAUCAGGUUAAUGUUGUUAUUGUAUUGCUACUUGCUGGAAUUAUUUGUGAAAAUAUUUUUGGUAUGUUUUCCUUCUCUGCAAGGAGAAAAAAGGUACUUGUUACUGUAUGAAACCCAUUCUGUCCUGCUGUUUGAAACUUACCGUAUGGAAACAAUUUACGUUGACUAGAUAACUGUCAUUAAAUGCAAAAUUGGAAAACAGUUUUCUAUAAAGCAUAACAAUUGUGGAAAUCCAAAUGAUCUGCUAGUAUGAGUUUCAGUUCUUAUCAUGGGGCCGCUUGAAUGCAUUACAUGUCACUCUGUAACUUUUGAUGUGUGAUAUUGAUGAUGUUGUGCUUUUAUUAAAAUUGUGGAUUUUUCUUUUUGA